AUGUUCGCCAAAUGCAGCGUGAAGACCGAAGGCCGUGUGAGGUGUUUCCCUAUCUUCUUGCCGGUGCUGAAUUAUACGCCGGAAGAAGACGGGUAUUGGGAGACCUUGUGCAGCCGAUGGACUCAGGCCAAGCGCCAUGCUCUCGGCCUCUCCGAGGUGGUCUACGUGCUGUCCUCAUCUUUCUUGGCAUUUUUGGAAUUGCCAUCGUGGAGGAGUCGUUUGACCUUCUCUUGGAGAUUGUCGCCCUUGUUGGCGAAGUUUGUGCAGACUCACUUUGUGAAUGGCAUGGCUGGGGUCUGGAAUGUCAUGGCGCAGCUGGUGAUCCACGUUUAUGUGCUGAGGUUGUGGUGCACACAGGAGUUUGACUCCAGUUGUGAUGGCCCACCUGGCGAAGCGCAGAUCCUGAGGAACAGUAUGUGGAUCUACAUCCAGCAGCGUGCCACCGCUGUCAUGGCGUUUGCCAGCAUUUUCUCGGGCGGCUUGGGCGCAAUCUACUUCCACAUGGUCAAGGAUCGUGUGGAAGGCAAUGUGCAGGAGCACUGGAAGACGAGGAGCUUAGCCUUGAUGUGGCUGAUCAUUGAGAUAGAAGUUUCUCUUUGCGGCAUCAUCCAAUCCUUCGUAUUUGGAGCGCUUCCGCUUUGGAUUGCCUGCAUCCGCAUCAUUGGCAGCAUGAGGUUUACACAUAGCGUGGUUGGCAUGGCAGGUCGCGGGCCAAACGAAGAUCUUCCAAGCCCCUGA